GAGAGUCUGAUAGAGUUCAUCAGUGGCCUCUAAUCCUCUUUCAUCGACAUCAAGCCACCAAAACCUUGACUGCACACCCAUUGACCUCGUAAUUCCAUUAUCUGUGGCUUUUUAGAUUUUCAGAACAGUUUUCGAAAAUUCGUCCUCAGAAUCCAUGCAUCAAAACACAGAAUGCCCUGUCGAAUCACCCCUGUCGUCUGCCGUUGUUGACAGCAUCGACAGCAUCCGCGAGAGGGCUGUCGGUCAUCAUCAUCGUCGUCGUCAUCGGUAUCUCAAGUUCAAUCCAGACCUCAUCUUUAGAAUUAUCGAUCCCACCAAAGUCAGGAAAUCUAGCAAUCCACUGCCCCCGCCUUUUGUUGGCAUCGAUGGCGUCCACAACAUCCGCACAAUAGGCCAUUUUCUCCGGUCUCCCUCUGUCAAGAUCAAACAAAACCUCAUCUAUCGGUCUGCCGACCUCAAGGGCAUCACAGAGGAAGGAAAAACACAGUUUAUGGGGCAUGGUAUCAAAACCGUCGUUGACUUGCGCUUAGAGCAUGAUUACGACAGUAUCCCCGGCUUACCGGGUGUCGAAUGGCUAUCGGUCCCUUCAGAGGAGCAACCGCCUGAAACUACCGAGGAGAUAAUUGGGAUGCUCGAGAGCUUUCAAACGUUUUCAUUGGAGGCAUUCAUGGUAGUGUACGCUGAGGUGCUGGAGGUAUCAGGAAAAGUCUUCGAACUUUUCUUCACUCAUCUCAGGGACAAGCCCAAUGUACCGGUUCUAGUCCAUUGCUCUGCCGGGAAAGAUAGGACGGGGUUAGCGAUAGCUCUGCUUCUAAAGAUACUCAGAGUGGACGAUUAUGAUAUCGUUUAUGAUUAUACCCUGUCGAGCAUUGGCCUAGGUACUGCAAUGCCGGGCCUCAUAACCAGUUUUGGCAAUAAUAAUGAGGCAUAUCGGGAAAAUCCUAUAGGAUUGAUGAACUUCCUCAGUUCACAUCCCGAUACAAUGGUUGUGGCGCUGGUGCAAUUAUGGGAAAGUUUUGGGGGGGCAGAGAACUAUUUGAUGACACAUACGAAUUUACAACUCGAAGAUAUAGAGAAAAUUCGCGCAAACUUGAUUCUGGAAUAGAGAAGAAUGGUGAUCAGUGGCAUAACAUGUACUGUAAGAACAGACAACUUGUACAAAAUAAGGGGAAAAGCACGGUUCGGUUGGUUACCAUCCAUCGUUCUACAGACCGUGCCAUUAUCAAGGAUAGUUUAAGUACGUACAGAUUUUACGAGCCAUGGAUUGAGUCUCGUACUAAUUGCACAUGAUACUGUUCUUGCAAUUGCAAUUGCAAGGACGAAAUGAAUGGCAG